GCAGUUUCCAGCCGGGCUGUGCUGAGAGGGGCAGCCCCGGACCAACCGCCAGACUCUGCCUCCUUGCUGCUCCGGGCUGCAGGCGCCCCCAGACCGGCAUCACCCCCCGCCCUGUCCGUCUUUCUUAAAGAAAAAAAAACCAAAACAAACCAAAACCAGACUGAGAUUUUUUUUCUUCUUCGUGUUUUUAAUCCGCUCCUUUUUUUUUUUCUAUUUUUUGCCUGUUUUGCUUUUUUGACCCUUAUCCUCACCCCUUCACUUUUUCACUCACCCCUUUUUUUCGCUAUAUAUAUAUAUUAUUAUUUUUUUUACAACCCCCACCCCCCACUACACGCCUCCUCGACGAGAGAUCCCCCUACCGCUCCCCCCCCCCCCGCCCCCCAAUUCGCUAACUUGUGGCUGUUGUGAUGCGUAUUCCCGUAGAUCCCAGCACCAGCCGGAGGUUCAGCCCCCCCUCCAGCAGCCUGCAGCCCGGCAAGAUGAGCGAGGUCAGCCCGGUGGUGGUCGCCCAGCAGCAGCAGCAGCAGCAGCAGCAGCAGGACGCGGCGGCCGCCGUGCCCCGGCUGCGCCCCCACGAUAACCGCACCAUGGUGGAGAUCAUCGCUGACCACCCCGCCGAGCUGGUCCGCACCGACAGCCCCAACUUCCUCUGCUCCGUCCUGCCCUCGCACUGGCGCUGCAACAAGACCCUCCCGGUGGCGUUCAAGGUGGUGGCCUUAGGAGAAGUGCCCGAUGGGACAGUGGUCACUGUCAUGGCUGGAAACGACGAGAAUUACUCUGCAGAGCUGCGAAACGCGUCUGCCGUGAUGAAGAACCAGGUGGCCAGAUUUAAUGACUUACGAUUUGUGGGCAGAAGUGGAAGAGGGAAGAGCUUUACUUUGACAAUAACUGUCCUGACAAAUCCCCCCCAAGUCGCUACAUACCACAGAGCUAUAAAGGUUACAGUGGAUGGGCCAAGAGAGCCUAGAAGGCACAGACAGAAGCUUGAUGACUCUAAACCUAGUUUGUUCUCUGAACGCCUCAGUGAUUUAGGGCGCAUUCCUCAUCCCAGUAUGAGAGUAGGGGUCCCGACCCAGAGCCCACGGCCCUCUCUGAACUCUGCACCAAGUCCUUUUAAUCCACAAGGACAGAGUCAGAUUACAGACCCCAGGCAGGCGCAGUCAUCCCCGCCAUGGUCCUAUGACCAGUCUUACCCAUCCUACUUGAGCCAGAUGACUUCACCGUCCAUUCACUCCACAACUCCCCUGUCCUCCACUCGAGGCACAGGACUUCCAGCCAUUACCGAUGUGCCCAGACGCCUCUCAGAUUCAGAUCCUUGCACACCUGAUGCUCCACCUGCUGCCACCUCACCACCAACCUCUGAAGAACCUGGACCUUUCACAGCUCCAGCAUCACCCUGCUCUUCCUCUGACACUGGUACUGCAUCAUUUUCACCACCGUUACCUGCCUGUGUCGCAGCCUUAUGUCCCAAACCACCUCCUAUUUCACCAUCAACAUCCACUUCUGCUGCCACUGUUCUCCCUGGACUUCCUUCUCUUCCUGCACCACCUGCCUCUGCUCCAUCCCUGCACCCUGGAAUUUAUUUGCCAAUAGUCCCACCCAGCGGUGCCACCCAUCUCAUCAACUGGCUGCCCUUCCUUGCUUCGGCAACACUUGCCACCAUCCAAGGGAAGGAGGAAGACCAGCCACCCAUAAGAACAGGCUCCCUGGAAGGCAUGAAGCCCUGCAGCAGCCCACCCCCACAGCCCUCCCAUGAUGAGAAUCCCCAGGCAGCACCUAUGGGAAACAGUGCUCCGGGGGCUGCUUCCCCACCACCAGCUGCCCGUGCCAUGCCCCCGAGCUCCGAGCAGGCGUCGGCAAACGUGAGCGACAUCCUGGCCGAGCUGCGGACGAUGAACAGCCACCUCUCCACCAUUGCCCGAGCCCUGACCCAGCUGGCAUCGUCCCUGGCACCGCAGCAGGAUGCACGUGGCACCCCCCCUCCUUAGGGCCAGGUCUGCACAGGCUUACCAUGCUCGUAGGGGCUGGAGGAAAGGAACCCUACCCAGACCUGCCCAUACCAUAUGUGUGUGUGCUCUCUGUGGUCGCUGACGCCGACCAUGUCUCCCCAGUGGGUUUUUCUGUUUGUUUGUUUGCUCCUUGUAAAUGGCUGCAUAUAUUAAAAAAUAAUUUUGUGGUCUUGUUAAUAAAAUUGUUUAUGUUUCUUUGCAUUCCUUUCA